AUGAUUAAACCCAUCGACAAUAAUAUGGAUGAAAACGGUUUUGCAAUCAUAAAGUAUAACACAAUACUCGACAACACAAUGCGUUCAAAGCAUCAAAAGGUGGGUCAGGGGCCCGACUCUGGUGUCGGCACUCAUGACGACCCGUUGAAAUGCUCGGACGAAGAGCGGAGCUCCGGUCUCUGUCGGCUACUAUGGAUUCAUAUGUUUUUCGGGGUAACUUAUUGCGGCAAUUGUCCCCAAUUUAACAACUACCCGCUUAAAAAAGCCGGCUUAAUUUUGUACGACUGUGUAGUGAUUGUAAUGUUUGGGGCGUUUGAGUGGUUCGCCUUUACGGACGACGUGUUUACCAGGUUGUUUUACAAUGUCAACAAUAAAGGCAUCAUCAAUUUACUGUUCCGGUUCGCCGGAUUAUCAGUUGCCGUCGAGUUUUUUGCUAUUAAGUUGAUGUUGCUGGUAAAUGGCUGGAGUUUGGUCAGGGUCAUCAAGACAACUGGUCUUGAGCAUAUUUCAUCAAUACAAUCGUGGAUUAUAACAGUGUUUUUGAUUGUAAUGGCAAUUCUGAACGCGUUUAUGCUACCCAUACAUUUCACCGACCUCGAUAAAUCACUAUCCGGUGUGUUUAGCGAUGAGAAACUAAAAACAAUUGGUUUUUUCAUUGUCGGUCUCUUCUUCUCAAUGAACAAGUUUUCGGUCACUUCUCUCCUGUUAUUCUCGGCGUUUGCCAUAUCUAAACAGAUUAAGGUUAACCUAACCCAACGCACUAUUAAGAUACAGACCCUGUGCGAGAACAUCCUAGCGCUAAGGACCCAGAUCGAGACAAUCAACGAGCUGACCGGUGUGAUCAUGUUUAUCAAAGUGUUUCUCAACGCCAUGUUUUUGUCGAGCGCUGGUUGUGUGGGCGCAGUCGGCAAACUCCCAUUUGCAGCUUAUGUCGGUGUCGCCGGCUUUGCCAUCACAGCACUGAUCGAUAUUAUCAUCAUAUGUUACGCGUCACAGAUUAUGAUCAACGCUAUGUCCGCUCUCUGCAAACAGGUUGAGUGGGCACUCAUUGUUGAUGGGGUCUAUGGGGGCGCCCCCUCUGAUGACCAUUACAAGCAGUUGACGGUAAUUCUGGCCCUAAGGGAUAGCAUUAGGCUUAAGGUGUUGUCACUGUUUGAUUUGAAAACGGUCACAAUAUUGGCAAUUGUGGGUUAUGUUACCAAUUAUGGCAUUAUUUUAAUUCAGACUAGUAAUUAA